AUGGCAGACGAACGCGCCAACAGUGGGCGGAAUGGUCUAUCAACUCCCACAACGUCCUACACCUACCUACCAGUGCCAACCACCAGCAGUGAUGAACACGACAAAUCCACCACCACUCCCCCUCCAUUCACCCAUCAUCCAGGAUAUCCUGCGGAGAUAGCUGAUAUGGAGAAGGCUCAGAUCGAUCAGAGUGACCUCUACCCAUCUCAGGAAGUCACGUAUGAGAACUACUUGGAAACAUUGGAGCCACCCAAGUUGCAUUGGUGGAGAACGAUUCCAUUGGGUCUCGCCUUCAUUGCUGUCGCCAUCGCCUCGCAAGUUGUAUUAGUCUACUCGCGCUACCGGUCAGGAUUUGUUGUCCAUCUCACUGACUUCGAACUCACCCGCGGCAAGCAGUUCGCGAAGUCAUUUGGGCCAUCUAUACUUUUCGUUCCACUAUUCCUCUGGUUCUCAACGUCCUAUGAUACUCUCAAGCUGCUCAAGCCCUACAUCGACAAAGAUGUGGAUAAGUAUGGAAAGAAAGGCCCCGUUUCAGCUGGCCUUUUAAGUCUUAAGCAGCACCGUUGGGUGGUCUUCGCACUCUCCUGCAUUUUGCUCGGCAGUGGCAUUUUCCAUUCCCUGGCUGGGGCGUAUUUCCAGGUUAUUUCCGCGCCCCGGCAGUGGGAUACGACUGUGAAUAUCACAGGUAAAGUAGCUCUGGGGUAUGACAAGCUUGUGAACCAAUACAUCCCGUUCGUGGAUGCUGCAGGGUUCGUGGACACAGUUUCCCAGAUCGGCGUUCUGUAUUCUCCAUUUACUUUCAAUGAUACCAAUGGAAAUUUUUGGGUAGUGCCUAGUUUUACCCUCGCUGAUUCGAAUGCGAUUGACCAAGGUGGAAACGUGAGCGUCGCCAUGAGGGGGUUGUUAGUGCAAGCCCAUUGUACCCCCGUUCCAUCACCAGUAAUAUCGGGACCGUACGACGACAAUCGCUACAAUAUAUCGGGGACUCUUUCCAAUAACUGCUCUGCAACAUCCUAUGCAAUUUCCGACGGCACAACAUGGUACAGCUGGGUGGUUCCCGCCCCUUUUGAAUGUUUGCGGAGCAUCGACCCUAGUAACAACCACAUGGGUCCAAGUGACCCCUUUUUUUCUCCUGUGGCAUUCUCUUUCUUCAAGAACAAAUCGAGCGCCUCGAUGAUUUUCUGCUCCAGCAUGAUAGAGGAGCACGAUGUUAUUGUCGGACUCUCGGUUGACGGCCUCCCGAACAUUUACGAUGUCUCGGAUCACGGUAACGUCUCAUUCCUCAGUUGGGGCCCCAACGGGAUAGGCUGGCAAAAUCCAAAUCAAGAUCCUCGGGUGGAAGGCAUCAAAGUUGCAGUUGGCUGGACCUUGGCUGACACUAUUGCGAGGCUGGCAGGGCUUUCGGAUAUGGUUGGAGGCGAAAUAAAUGCAUCGCAACAGGACACGAUUCUCAGUAAUGGAACCUCUGUGGCGCAAUGUGCGGAGGCAGCUCUUAUAUGGUUUCAAGCAGUCGUCGCCCCUUACACGUUCGUCGUUGGGCCAUCGUUCCAAGCGAAUGCUAUACAAUCUGUACUGGAAUUCCGCCUGGUCGCUAUCAAUGCUGUGGCACAUACACUAACUGCCAUGUGCACUAUUGUUGGACUCAUUCUCAUCGUGCUCUAUAUACAUCAUCAUGUGUGGCGCGAGAAAUUAUUGGCCAGUGUCACGCCUUCGGUCCCAGCGCCAGCUUCAUGA